CUCCGAGAGUUAAUUCGAAAGCGCCACCCGCCCCCUGGGGACGAUCUACGCACGUGUCCUUGAGAAGCUCCUGUAGAGACAGAGAGAGAAAGCAAGAGACACCAUCCUGGGAAAGUCCUGCUGGGUCUCCAGACAAUUAUAAAAAUGUGUCCCCUGGGGUUAGUGUUCCAACAGCCUCCCCUCCAGCACCCAGCUGCCUCGCUCACUGCCAGCCCAGCAUGUGUCCAUCGCGCUGCCUCCUGUUUUUGGCUACCCUUCUCCUCCUAAUCCACCUCAGCUUGGCCAGGGCCACACCAAUCUACCAACCUGCCAAGGGUCUUGUCUACUCCCAAAACUUGCUGAAUACCACCAACCAAAUGCUGGAGAAGGCCAGAGAAACUUUGAAAGAUUAUCCCUGCUCUGCUGAGGACAUUGAUCACGAAGACAUCACAGAGGACCAAACCAGCACACUGCAGGCCUGUUUACCACUGGAACUUGCCAAGAACGAGAGUUGUCUGGCUUCUAGAGAGAUUUCUUCCAUAACAAACCUGUGCCUCAGUGGCAUCUACGAGGACUUGAAGAUGUACUGGGUAGAGUUCAAGGCCAUCAAUGCAGAGCUUUUUGACCACAAUCAGAAGCAGAUCGUUCUGGAUAAGAAAAUGCUGACAGCCAUUGAAGAGCUGAUGGAGUCUCUGAAUCUCCGUGGUGAGCGUCUGCCCCAGACACCUUCCCCGAAAGGAGCAGACCCGUACAGGGUGAAGAUGAAGCUCUGCAUUCUCCUCCACGCCUUCCGCAUCCGCGCCGUGACCAUCAGCAGAGUGAUGAGCUACCUGAAUUCCUCCUGAAAAGCGCAAGCCCCUCCCGCUCCGUUCCCUUCUUACAGACAUAUGAACCAAUGAAAUUUUAAUAAGAGGCAGGUUAAGGACCAGGAAGUGCUCAUGAAAAUCUUGUUCAGGAGAGAAAAUGUCCUCUCUGAAUAGUUAGCAGUAGAGCAAGAACUGAUAAGCUAUUAUUUUUUUUUAACCCAAGUGUUUAUGAGAACACUCAUCACCACUUAUUUAAAAAUAUUUAUUAUUGUAUUUUAUGUUCAUGGAAGUAUAUGAGCUUAUUUAUA